AUUGCUUUCGGGUCCGAGAAGAGCUUCACUUGGAUAUAUAAAUUGCUGAGCGUCAGACAUCAGCAGAAAAUAAACAACAGACCGAAGAGCAGACUAGCAAGGACGCGGAUAACCGCGGUGAUAUCAUUGACUUGUUUUUACCCCGCCUAACAGCAACCAAAACCUUUGCAACACCACAAUAUGCCUCAACUUGUCGGAAAGACUGUCGGGCCAGUAGGCUACGGGCUCAUGGGCCUCACAUGGCGCCAGAACCCACCAUCUCAAGAGCAGAGCUUCGAGGCUAUGCGCACAGCGCUUUCGCUUGGAGCGAACAACUGGAAUGGAGGGGAGCUUUACGGCUCGCCUGAACGCAACUCUCUGCACCUCCUGAACGAGUACUUCACCAAGUACCCCGAGGACGCCGAAAAGAUUGUGCUGUCCAUCAAGGGCGGUCUUGUCAAGGGUGGCUUCGUACCCGACGGCAGCCGGGAGAAUGUCAGGCGCAGCAUCGACGAGUGCCUGAAGCUAUUGGAUGGCAAGAAGAGCCUUGAUCUGUUCGAGUGUGCUAGGGUGGAUCCCAAGACACCCAUCGAAGACACUGUUAGCUACAUUGCCGAGUACGUCAAAGAGGGCAAGCUGGGCGGCAUAAGCCUGUCCGAGGUUGGCGCGCAGACAAUUCGCAAAGCGCACAGCGUGCACCCCAUUUCUGCGGUCGAGGUUGAGUUCUCUCUCUGGGCAACGGAAAUUCUCGAGAACGGCGUCGCGGCGACAUGCGCUGAGCUGGGCAUUCCUAUCAUCGCCUACUCGCCGCUUGGGCGCGGAUUCCUUACGGGCAGGUACAAGAAGCACAGCGACAUUGAGCCAGACUCUAUGCUGCAGCACUUGCCCAGGUUCCAGCCCGACGUUUUCGACGAGAACAUCAAGUUGCUCCACGCCGUCGAGGACAUUGCCAAGGCAAAGGGUGCUACACCAGUCCAGAUUGCCAUUGGCUGGGUGCUUGCGCAGAGCGGAGCAAAGGGCAUGCCGACCAUUAUCCCCAUCCCAGGUGCCACUACGUCGGAGAGGAUCCAGGAGAAUAUGAAGCCGGCGCAGCUGAAUGACGACGACAUGAAGGCGCUCGGUGAGAUUCUGAAGAAGUUUCCAGUCAUUGGCGGGCGGUACCACAAGACGCAGGAAGCCCUGCUGUUUGCGUAGAUGGUUCAUGGCCUGGAGAGAGACUAGUCAGUAUUGUAGCUAUAAUGUACAGCUAGCUUGGGGUGCCGUGCGAUUGAGAGUCAGGUGAAUGUGUAGUGUAUGAGCUAAUCCGCAUACGAGCCGCCGUGAGGCAGUUUUUUGGAAUUGC